UGACUGUUAAAUUUAUCAUCAUGGGGUUACCCUCUUAAUCUCACAAUAUGAGACGGUGAGCAGGGAAAUGUCUCAUCAAUUACUUUGACGGACAACAGAGAACAAAAAUGUCAAACUAAUGAACCCUGCCAUCAAAGUGUAAUCUCCACGAAAAUUGAUUAAUUUGGUCUUUGUGGAGUAACCCUGCUCGCCUCUAGCCCAUGUAAUCGCCCUGCCCCGUCCCAAGGCUGCCGGUAAUAAUGCAGACAGAUGGAUAUCAUGUGGGACACACCAGCAGGUAUUCAUCUCGCCGUGGAACGUAGAAGAGAAAGACAGGGAGCCACUGGCUGUAUUGAUGCUGACAUCACCUCACCACCUCAAAUCAUUCUCCAGUCUUCCUCUCCGGAUCCCCCCCCCUGCUUUCUGGCCAUUAAUAAAUCCGUCCGUCUCCCUAUCCCUGCUAUUUGAAGCCGAAGAGCCCCGCACUUUCACAUACACAGACCGCUCGCAGCGUUGCAUCUGUCUGCCGCGGCGUGUGCCUGCGUUAACGCGUGAGAGAGAGAGAGAAAGAGAGAGAGCGCGGGUGAGCAAGCCAGCAAGGAGAGGGAGACAGAAAGGGAGAAAGGAAAAGCGAGCGAUCGAGAGAAAAAGGGGCAAAGAGACACCGAGUGCAUGAGAGCAAGACAAAGCAAUGAAAUUCAUCGGAGCCGUUUACCUCCUGUUCCUCCUUCCUGCUUUAAGCUUCAACAGCAGCUAUGAGGGGCUGGAGAAGAAGCUGAAGGAGGUUUUCACAGAAAGGACAGGAAUUUUACGACAACUCUCCAAAACAUCAAAGGAGCUGGACAGCAUCAAGGGGAACCUGCAGUCUCUUAAGAAUGAUGAUGCCGUGCCCAAGAAGGAUGUGCAGAGGAUCCUGGAGCUCAGUCACAAGCAAAGGGAUGAGAUGAAGUCACUCCAGGCAGCUCUGCAGAAACAACUGGAUGAUGCAGCUGAACGUGCAGAGAAACAACAGGCCACCAUAAAGUUUUUAAAGAUGGAAAUGGAAAAGAAGACCAAAAUCAUCAAAGACCUUCAGCAAGAGAAUAAAAGCUUGAAGAACAAACUUCUGUCCGGGAACAAGCUCUGUGACAUACAUGCAGAGGAGUCCAAAAAAAUCCAAGCCCAACUGAAAGAGCUGAGGUAUGGCAAAAAGGAUUUAAUUUUUAAGGGUCAGCAGCUGAUGGACUUGGAGAAUAAACUCAAAGUAGCCAAAGAUGAACUGGAGAAGGCAGCGCUGGACAAGGAGUCACAGCUGAAAGCCCUGAAGGACACCGUACAUAUCUGCUUCUCGUCUGUCCUACACAGCCAGACAGGAAGUUUACACAGAUUUCCAGCCACGCCCACCAACCUGUUGAGGUACUCAGCCCUGGUCAACAACUCCAGAGUCACCUUUCAGCAGCCGCAUGCAAAGGACAUCCCGAAAGUUCCCCGGAUCACAACAACAAGUAAAUUGCCUGUGAGCAGUGCGGUAAUGAGGAGAGAGAGCACAGGACCGAAAGACUGCCAGAUGGUGAAGGUGGGAGCAGACUGUUCCCAGAAUCAGACCGAGAGUUCAUCUGAGAUGAAAAAGACAUUUGGACACAGUCAAUCCAAGACCCCAGAGCAGAUCGGACAAGGCCAAGCAAGGACAGCAGAGGAAAGUGGGAAAACAGACGGAGACCUAAAAAAGACACAAAUGGACAAACACAACUAAAAGGACAGUGGAAGACUUGGCAGAUAUUUUCUGCAUGGUAAAAAUGAUGUCAUAUCUGUUUAAGCCCCUCUUCAUUCACUGAGCUUAUAAGAACACACACACACACACACACACACACUGUAGGCAAACACAAACAACAACAAACACAAAAUAACACUGCUAAUGUAGAAAAAGAAAUUCCCAACAUUUGUUUUGAACUUUCUUAAUAAAAAUAAAAAAAAAUUAAAAAUACAACAACCGCAUAGUAUGGCAUGCAUUAUAGAGUUUUAGAUAUUGAUUUUACAAGGUUACGAUGGUACUGGUUGUUCACUUUUUCUUUUGUUCACUAUCUAUUUUGAUUCUUUCUUUCUUUCUUUCUUUUUUCUCCCAAAGUGAGGACACAAUGUUCUUUGAUUUGUGUUGUUUGUAAUUAAGAACUAUUUCUGGCACCGCAGACCAGAAUUUCAGUGUUAAAGGUCACGCUGGGGGUCAUUUGAGUUCUGUAAAUUUACACAUGAGGUCAAAUUCAAACUUUUGUCUAAGCAGCUUCUGAAAAUAUUGAACUAUUGAAUACCGUAUGUCCUAAAAGCAAAAUAGGGCUGCACGAUUUGGGGAAAAAAUUGAAUUGUGAAUUUUCUGAUAAUUUGUGAUAUAAAUGUGAUGUUUUUAAAAUUAUUAUUAUUAUUAUUACUGAAUAAAAAUAUUAAAUAAAAUUAGAAAUAUUACUAUUGUUAUAAUAGUAUUUAAUUUAAGAGUAUUUAAGAAAAAUAUAAUAAUAAUAAUAAUAAUUUUAUUUUACAGUACAACUGUAAAAUAACAAUAUUUUAGUCUUAAUUUCUUCAGUUUCAAAUAUAUAUAUAUAUAUAUAUAUAUAUAUAUAUUUGAUAAUCGCACUAAGCCAUAUCGCAUUUUCGUUUUUAUUCCGAUUAAUUGUGCAGCCCUAAUAGAAACAGAAUCGAUCCCAGUUCAGCUAAAAUUCUGAAAAGAACUGUUUAAAGUGAAGGUACGGUUUGUCUCGUGUUGUAGCAAAGAUUAAUUUACUCCUCCUACUCCAUAUUACGAGGCUCAAGUUGGCUGGCCAACUAUCACUGUUGAAUAUUUCGGAGCUUUUGGUGCCAGAAUUAAAGAGAAAACCUCGACUCACAGUGAGUCGUCUCCCUAAGAAUGAUGUGCCAUGCACCGAGUACUUAAUCUACUGCUACAUCUCUCUGUUUCUCUACCUUCUUGUGUCCUUUACAAUAAACCGUGAUUUUCGCUAAAUGUGUGAAGAAUAAAUGGUUAUUUGUGGAGUAAAA